CGAGGCGGAGGAAGGACGCAAGGACUCGAGAGGCAGUUUCUUUUGUGAUUCUUUUUUGGAAAUCGAGGUGAAAUGGCCGCCGCUACGGACGUCGUGAUCGAUCAGCGCAUUCGGGACAUUCAGAGAGAGUACUUGGAGUUUUUGGAAGAUGAUGAAGACUCCGGCGUGUACACUCAGCUGGUGCGCGACAUGGUGGCCAAUGGGGACUGCCGCUUGAACGUCAACAUCAACGACCUGCGCAAGAAGAACCCCCAGCGUGCCUCAGGCCUCUUGAGCUCUGCCUUCGAGGAACUGCCAGCAUUCCACCGGGCAUUAAAGGAAUUUGUGGCCGCAGUCGACACCAACUAUGCCAAGACCACAGAGGAGUUGUUUGUGGGUUUCGAGGGCAGUUUCGGCAGCAAGCAUGUGUCUCCGAGGACGCUCAACACCAGGAACCUUGGCAAUUUGGUGUGCGUCGAAGGCAUUGUGACCAAAUGUUCCCUUGUGAGGCCAAAGGUAGUGAGGUCUGUCCAUUAUUGCCCAACCACCAAGAAAACUUUGGAGCGAAGAUACACAGACAUGACUUCUUACGACCCUUAUCCAUCCACUGCCAUCUAUCCUACCAAGGAUGAUGACGGAAACCUUUUGGAAACUGAGUAUGGGUUGUGCGUAUAUAAGGAUCAUCAGACCAUAACCAUUCAGGAGAUGCCUGAGAAGUCUCCUGCUGGUCAACUGCCUCGCUCUGUUGACAUCGUUCUUGACAAUGACCUGGUUGACAAGUGUAAACCUGGAGACAGGGUUCAGAUUGUUGGCAUCUAUCGCUGUCUGCCCAACAAGCAGGGAGGUUUCACCAGUGGCACAUUCCGUACCAUCCUCAUUGCCAACAACAUAAUCCUUAUGAACAAGGAAGUGUCUCCCCACAUCUCAACAGACGAUGUCUACAAGUGCAAGAAAUUCUCCAAGCAGAAAGGACUUGAUGUAUUUGAGUUGCUCUCGAAGUCCCUUGCUCCCAGUAUCCAUGGUCAUGAGUACAUUAAGAAGGCUCUCCUCUGCAUGUUGCUUGGGGGUGUGGAGAAGGUGCUGCCCAACGGAACAAGGCUCAGGGGUGAUAUCAACGUUUUGUUGAUUGGUGACCCUUCAGUGGCCAAGUCCCAGCUCCUCCGAUAUGUACUGCACACUGCUCCUCGUGCUAUCACAACAACUGGUCGUGGGUCCUCAGGUGUAGGUCUCACUGCUGCUGUCACCACUGAUAAUGAAACUGGAGAAAGAAGAUUGGAGGCUGGUGCUAUGGUCUUAGCUGACAGGGGCAUUGUCUGUAUUGACGAGUUUGACAAGAUGAGUGACAUGGACAGAACAGCCAUCCACGAAGUCAUGGAACAGGGAAGAGUUACCAUCUCAAAGGCUGGUAUUCAUGCUCGUCUGAAUGCCAGGUGCUCGGUCCUUGCUGCUGCCAACCCAGUGUAUGGUCGAUACGAUCAGUACAAGACUCCCAUGGAGAACAUUGGGUUGCAGGAUUCUCUCCUGUCACGUUUUGAUUGUCUGUUUAUCAUGCUGGAUAUUGCUGACCCUGAGAGUGACCGCAAGAUUUCUGACCAUGUGGUGCGCAUGCAUCGUUACAGAGCUGCACAUGAGCAGGAUGGUGAAGCUCUGCCCAUGGGUCUUGGUGUGGAUAUGCUGUCAACUCAGAAUCCAGAUGAAGCAGAGGAUGAGGGAGUUGACACACCCAUCUAUGAAAAAUAUGAUGCUCUCCUCCAUGGCAGCCUGCGAUCCAAGAAGGACAAGAUUGUAAGCAUGAAGUUCAUGAGAAAGUACAUCCACAUCGCCAAGAGCAUCAAGCCAACACUGAGCAAAGAAGCAUCUGAGGUCAUUGCCGAGGAGUAUUCUCGCCUGCGUUCCCAAGACACAGAACACACAGACAUGGCAAGAACUCAACCGGUAACUGCUCGAGCUUUGGAAACUCUGAUCCGUCUGUCAACUGCUCAUGCCAAGGCCAGGCUGUCUCGUGUUGUGGAAGUAGAAGAUGCAGAAUCUGCAAUUGAAAUGGUAUCCUAUGCCUACUUCAAGAAGGUUAUGGAGAAGAAGAAGCGCAAGAAGGAUGAUGAAGAGAGUGCAACAGAGACAGAAGGAGAAGAGGAGGAAGAGGAGGGAGGAAAGAAGAGGAAGAGGAAGCCCACUGGUGAUCAGCCAAAGAGGUCCAAGAAGGCAAAGAAGCAGCCUGGUGAAGAGGGAUAUGACCCAUAUGACAUUGACAGCGCAGAAGAGGAGGAUCCCAUGUCCCCAACGCCAGCAACAGUACGAAGCACAGUCAGCCGCUCAUCUCGAACCAUGGACGAGACUAGCGUUAGUUCAGCACCCAAGGAAAUUGCUGCUGAUAGACUGACAGCGUUUAAGGCCUCUCUGACAAAGUUGUUUAAGGAGGACCGAGCCCAGACCCUCUCCAUGUCGAGACUAAAGGAAUUCAUGGCUAAAGAGCAUGCAUCCAGUCCAUUCAGUCAAGAUGAGAUUGAUGCUGCCCUAGAGAAGAUGUCCGAUGCCAACCAGAUCAUGGCUGCUGACGAGAUGAUCUUCCUAAUUUAAGUCCUUUACCUCUUCCAGUGACAAAGUACCUAGGAGUAGUUCAGGACUAUGUGAUAAGGUUGAAAUAUGUGAUUAGUUUUGGAAAUUGUUAUUAUAUUGCCUUUCUGUUAUUCCUCUUAUUUCUGUUCCUGUAAACUUUUUCCUAGCUUUGUUAAAGAAGUUGGUAUGCUGGCUAGUGCUCAUGGCACAAAAAAAGCACUGCACUGGCCCUUACCAUCUAAACUUUUAUGUUCAUAGGCAAAACGUGUAAAUAUAUAUUUUUACCCCAUUUUAUACCAGUGAUAAAGAAAGCAAGCUGAAAUUCAGUUAGACAAAUCUCAAUAAACAUGUAAUCUGUAUUUUCAUAAACUUUCAAAAAGAGA